AGUAGCAUUGCAAAGAAAGGAUCCGUGGAGGUACAGAUUUUUUAGUUUCUACCAAUCAAAUCUUGAGCUUGUUUGUAAAACGCAGCUUAUGUUUUUGGUUUGUGGUGGUCAGACUUAAUGGUAGGAUUUCAAUCGAUAUAGAGUGAUUUGGUAUUGAGGGUUUUAGACAGAUGAAUCUUUGAGGAUCAUUUGCCACCGACUGAGUGAAACGAAAAUUUUCCUGGAUUUCUUGCUUGAUUCUCUAGCUUGGCUGAUUUAUGUGGUUUUUUCUUCAUCCAUAGCAGAUCUUGAGCUUGCUUUGACUAUUGGCCAGAGAAAGAAUCAUUUGAUAGGUUUUAUGCCAUCAAAAGGAUUAGUAGUGGGGGAAAACAUCCAUUGGUAAAUCAACUCUGUUUGUAAUUUUGGUAGUACCUUCGCUGUAAUUGAGUAUCUUAUAAUAUUACACUAUUAUGGUAUUGUGAGGGAGACAUACCUUGGUAAAACCAUUGCCAUCUUGAUUACAAAUCAGCAGCUAGGUUAGGCUGAAGGUGAACUGGAGAGGGUGGAAAGAGAAAAAACAAUAGAAUCGGGAAGUGAAUGAACGAAAUGAAUGUGAGGUGACUUUUGAAGCUGAUGAGUGAAUGAAUGAGCGUAGUUGUUUGUGGUGGUGAUGGGUAUAGUUGGCGAGCUGCCUGCUACCCUCUUAAUUGAUCAUUAUGUUAUCAGACUCUUCCUUUUUCUUAUUGCUCAAACAUAAUUAUAGUUUGUGUGUUCAAUUAAGCACAAUCCAGAAAUCAAAAGCCACCAUCUGGGAGUUGUAACAGUCCUCAGAAAGCACAGAACUGUUUGGAUUUUUUAAAUCACCAUCUCAUUUACCUCUCUACCCCUUUGAGUUGCUGCUAAGAGCAUAAAAUGACGGCCACUUAACCUUACUUGAUUAUACGCCGACCACUUAAUAUCACUGCUGAUGAUACAAGAACCAAAUUAUUGAAACUGUGACGUUAAAAUCGAUUUGCUAAACUUAGCACUAUAAGACCUGUUUGUCUUGUAAUAAAGCUUGGUAUCAUAUAUAUAUCCACUAUGCAUUUAAGCUGCCUUAGAAAACGUCAUCACUUGUCACAUGGAGUGUUAAUAAUGUUAAACAUACUUGCACGAAAUUUGCCUAUGGCAUUCUUGUCCUUUAUAUCUUUAUGCUGUCUCUGGUCUGUUGAUUGCAAAUGUCCUUAUGGAAUUGAAAUGUCUUUCGAAAAAGUAGAAACGCAGUGUGAUUAGAUACACAGUUGGAGGGUUGGUCUUUUCUACCAAUUUUAGAGUGGUUAUGCGAGUUAGGAUCAGCCAAAUCAGCAUUGUCAAUUAACUUAACCUUACUAUGAUAAUCUCUGUCAGGUUUUAUAUGAGGGAAGUGUAGCGGUGUUAUGAUUUUUUUCCUUUUGAACAUCCGAUUAGAGUGAAAUUUGACAGCAAAUGUCAAAGCCUGGUUUUAGAUGAUACUUUGUUAAUGGCGCUGGCUAUGGUUUUCAAAGUCCUAGUUUCUCAAUAUUACCAUUCUUGUUUCAUCCCUACCGUUUCUUCAUGUUGGCUGCUUGCCUUGUUGUUCUUACAAUGUGACAAAAUGAUUUCCUUUUCAUCAGUUUAGUGUCUUUGUUACAUCCAAAUUUUUAUUCUUGGCUUCGUAAUUUUCAGGAAAAGAUCGUUCAAAGAAAAAAGAAGAGAGAAGAAGUUUAAAAUAGAGUGAGCUGCUUCGUCGUCACUAACACAAACCCUGUCCCUCUCAUCACAGCUUAGGUAUCUCCUAUAUCUCUGCUACCCCCAGAGCCAGUCCUGAUGAAUCUGAUGAUUAGUAGCUAAUUUUCUUCCCUGCGCACUCUUCUAAUUACUAUGAACUGAAAUUGCGGAUCGAUUGUGAGGCUGCCGUACCAAUUAUUGCUUUAAACUUUGAAGGCUAGAUGGGAAUAUUAGCAGGGAAUUAAGGCCUCAGCGUUUUCUGAAUCUUUCUGAAGGCUUUGCUGGAAAGUCUGAACUAAUGGUUGGACAUAGUUAGUUGUUUUGUUUGAUAAAUUCAAUGUUCUUAGGAGAUCUGAGUUGUAACGUUUUUGCUCGGUGACAACAGGAACAGUCAAGUGAAAUGGGGUCUCACAGUCACCACAACCAUCGCCAUUGUCCAAUCCCUGUCUCCUGUACCCCGGCUGCUUACUGCUGUUCAGGUGGCUGCUGCAAUGAGAAUUCUCCUUACUCGCCUACUGGAUCACCACUUGACCCACUUCUCGUCCAGUCCGUUACUGCCCUCCUCCACCAACAACAGAACUAUCAGCAGCACCAGUGCUUAAGUCCUUGUUGUUUUCCACCCAGCAGAGUUUAUACCCGCAAAGAUCACUGCCAAACCCCUCAUUCUCGUUCUCAAACCCAGCAUUCUGGCUUGCUGCCUCAGAAGGGUUCAACCAGCUUCUUUAUCUCAUCCCUGCUCCAAAGACUUGAGGCCUUGGAGUCCUCUCUGCACCAGCUAUCUUCCACUUCUGCUGAUAAGUACCCGCUAAGAGAUGCUGCUGCCAGGGUAAUUCAAUCCCAUUAUCGUGCCUUUCUUGUUCAUAAGUCAAGAACUUUGAGACAACUCAAAUACCUGGCCUCUAUCAAGUCUGCCUUCAACUCUCUCACUGCUUCUAUAUCCGGGAAAUCCAGUUUUAAUUUUGAGCUAGUGUCUCAAAAAGCCAUGGACUUGCUGCUCAAGCUUGACUCUGUUCAGGGUGGUGAUCCCAUGGUCAGAGGUGGGAAAAGGUCAAUGAGUAAGGAGUUGGUUAGGUUUCUGGAACUUGUUGAUAGUUCUAGGAAGAAGACAAUUUUGUAUAAAUCAGCUAUAAAAGCAAGACCAGUUGGCUGCGGGAACAAAUCUGGGGCGAGGAACGUUAGUACUGGCUGUGGAGAUGGGAGUACGAAUCGAGAGGAAAUAGUGCAGAAGUUGAGGCACAGGGUUGGCAAGAUUAAUGAUGGGUUAUCUAGGAUGUGCAAGCAUGACGAGGAAGGUGUAGAUUUCGAAGGGUUUCAGUAUGACUUGAUUGACGAGGAUGACAUUUUGGAGGAAGAAGAGGAUAAGAAGGUGGUUUGGAAACCCAAAAAGAGUGGUGCUGAUCAACAUCUUAGAGUGAAAAAUAAGAGCGUAAGCUUCGCUGAGGAUGAGAAUGUUCACACUUUUUUGGCUAAUGAUGAUGUUGAGGAGCAUUAUACUGACGAUGAAGUUGAAGCCACUCUGCUUGCGACUGAUAACCAGAAUAAAGAGGCUCCAUCACGUCAUGGAAUGUUAUUGGCGCAGGAAAGGAAGAAAUAUGGAACCAAUGUGAAAGCUAGUGUUGGUAUGCAUGAAGAAGACGGAAGUUUUUUCGUCUCUGCGCCAGUUCCUGCAAAGAUGGAGUCAAGGGCACAUUCAACAAAUGCAAGUAGUGCUGCGAAAAAUGUCUCGUAGUCAUGGCUUUUCUAUGUGAAACGUUUGUGCUGACCACUAAUUUUCAACUUCUCAUCUCCACACUGCUGUGUGAUUUCCGAUUUGGAUUGGGUGCCUAUUUUCUCUUUGCUAUUUUUUUUUUUUGCUCAGUCGCCUUUGCUUGUAGGGGUAGACCGUGGUGUUAUCAAUGUUUAGAGACUUGAUUGUUGAUUACCACUUUCACUCAAGAUGGGAGGGAUAACUGAAAUGGAAUGAAGCAGUUGAUGUGGUCGUUCCUACCAGCAGCAGCAAAUGAAGCAGAAGUUAAGGCUCCGUCUUUCGCCUGAUCAAUGGGACUAAGCAGCAGCAGCAGCAGCAGCAGCAGCAGAAUGGUGCUGUUUAGCUGAUGAAGUUUGUCUGCGAUUCCAAUAGAACAGAGAACGUGUCUGUAAUAUUAAAAUAUGGGACCUGUUCAAUGGCCAAUUGGCCAUUCAUAUCCGAUGUGAUUAGACUACUAGCGAAUAGUGUAGCGCUAAACUUGGGUGUAGGGAUCAAUUUCGGGACGGGAUACGGUCACAACCCUUUUUUGGGUUGUGAGAUUGACCACCCCACUUUCUAGUCAUUGGAUAUACUCUUUCUUUGGUCUCUUUCUUCUUUUUUCAAAUUAAUGGUUAGGAUUAAGGGAAGAGUAUUUUUGGAAUGAAAAAUAUUACCACAG